AUGGAAGAGCCCGACACAAACCAAGAUACGAAUAAAAAUCCGUAUAACGCAAAAACGGACGAAAACUCCCAGACCUCAGAGCAGGAACUUAGCGUAACAAACACUAAUGCAAACAACCAAAAUAUGGACAACUUCAACUCCGAAUACGUAUCUAUCCCGUCCGCAGAAGGACUGAAAAUCACCAUCCUAAAUAGCGACAUCCCACAAAAGCUAAGGCAAAAUAUCAUGAGAUAUGAUUUUACAAGCGGAGCAGAGCUUUCGGGAGACGAAAAUAUACCCCCAACACUAAACCAGACAGUGGUGGAACCAAUCUUACACCACCUCGCGGAACAACCCGAAAAACUCAUACUUCCUGACAAAAGAAUCACCCUACCUCAGGCACUAACAACAAAGCCUACCACAUCAAAUACACCUGCAGCAGAGGAGGAAAGAACCUCCCCUAACAGCACCUUUAUCUUCCAAAGGAGCAAGAGAAGUCGAAGAGACAAUGUAAACAGCAUAGGCCUUGACAAAAUUGAAAGCAUACCAGCUGAAAACAUGGAAGUCCAAGAAAAUACCCCUCCGAAAAUAAGUGUUAACCUGAGAAGGGUGUUCAAACAGAAGGUAACAGCUACACUGCCAAAAAUCACGUUAAAAAAUAGAUACCAUGCCUUAACAGAUGAAUCGGAAGAGGAAGAAAGUGAUGACUCCAUCGAAAAAAGAAAGCAGAAUGCUAAAAAAGAAAGAAGAGACAGUAAGAAGGGUGGCACAGAAACCACCAAUGCAUCUAAGAAAAAAGAAGAGGUACAGGCAAAAAGGAAGAACAAUAUGCCCCCAAUAGUCCUAGAAGGAGUCCCAGAGGACCACAAAGGACUAACUGGAGUGCUUAAAGACAUCAUAAAAGGCAAAUUUAAUGUCAAAUACACAAAUACGUCAACCAUUGUAUUCACGGAAGACAGAGUAGAUUACGAUAAUGUUUUAGCAAAUGUCAAAAAAGAAGAGAUGGCAUACCAUACAUAUACCAGCAAAAGCGACAAGUCACAUGCCUUCGUCCUCAGAGGAUUGGGAGACGGAACUAAAAUAGAGGACCUCGAAGAGGACCUGAUGGAGACCUAUGAAAUUAAAAUAAGAGCAGCCUACCGCAUGACUACCAAGAACAGACCCCUAUUCCUGGAAGCCAGAAAAGAAAGAAGGGGUAGUAAAAAGGCCACAGUAGAGACUGCCAAAGAGGCGGAUAACAAAAAAGAAGGAACUCAAAACAAAAAGAAGCCCACAAUGCCACCCAUAGUACUAGACGGCGUCCCAGAAGACCACAAAGGGUUAACUGGAGUACUCAGGGAACUAAUAAAAGGCAAAUUCAAUGUAAAAUAUACCAACUCGUCCACGAUAGUCUUCACAGAAGAAAAAUCAGACUAUGAUAGUGUCCUUGCAAACGUAAAAAGGGAAGAAAUGGCGUACCAUACCUACACCAGUAAAACGGAUAAAUCUCAUGCCUUUGUCAUCAGAGGGCUGGGAGACGGCACAAAAAUAGAGGAUCUGGAAGAAGAUCUAAUGGAAGAAUACGAGAUAAAGAUAAGGGCAGCAUACCGCAUGACAACCAAAAAUAGGCCCCUAUUCCUGGUAGUCACAGAUCCCUCAAUAACAUUAGACUAUCUAAAUAGAAACGUACGAGUGGUACUGUACACACGAAUCACAUGGGAGCUUAGAAGGUCGACUAAGCAAAUUAUACAGUGCCACAACUGCCAGGCGUGGGGGCACGCCACUGCAAACUGCGGUAGGCCAUCAAACUGCCUUAAAUGCGCUGCUGGACACCAUACAAAAACCUGUGUCAAAACUAGAGAUACCCCGGCCAAAUGCAUUAACUGUGGAGGAGACCACCCGGCCAAUUUCACAAAAUGCAAGGCUUAUGUCGAAAGAAUAACCAGAAUGGAGGAGAGAAAACAAAACAGCAACAAAAAUCAAAAGCAAACAUACAUUCCUGCACCCCUACCCACAAAAAAUAGGCCGUCCAAACUAGCCGAAGGCACACAAACACAGCACAUCGAGGAUGAUCUGGUGGCCGAAUAUGAUAUUAAGGUCCGUAACAUAUUCAGGAUGAACACCAAAACCGCCCUCUAUAUCUAG